GCCGGGGAACCGCAGCGGCCGCCUGGGGCGGGGGCGGGGCCGGCCGCGGACGUCACUUCCGGUGUACACAGCCGGUCCGGGCGGUACGCUGGGAGCCGGGGCGCGUCGCAGGAAAUGACUUAGAGGCCUUAUGAAUACAUCUGUGCUUUCUUGCUUCAGACGUUACAACUGCAGGCCAACCUAGUCUGGAAGCACUUCUUACUAAUGUUACAAGGAAACCACUACCUCAGCAAACAAAAGAAAGAAGACACACAGUAACAAUGCCAUGCUUAAAGAAAACUUGUUUCCAGAAACCGUUACAGGAGAUUUGGAAGUUUUUAGCACUGAAAAGCAGCUUUCCAGGUAAAUGGAUUUGACAGGCAGGUUCUGUCAAUUCUGCAGAGGUGUGCUCUUCCUUAAGGACUUCUUGUGAAGUAACCCCUCCGCCUAAAUGCUGUUGACCAGCGUCAGGUCCUUUUUGGUAUAUAGAAGAUACAUUAUAUUACAUUUUAAAAGUUAAGUUAUUUUUCUGCUGUUGUAAAUGUAAGUAUCAAAAUAUUCUUGCAAAGCAAUUAUAAGUAAACAUUUUCCUCAGCAAGCAUUUCUUUAUUGAGAGUAGGAUGCUGAACAGUUAUACAGCAUUUCAGACACUCUUAUUUUUUGUCAGAAUUCCUACCUACACUGAAAAUACUAAUUAUAUAAGCCUGUUAUUUUUCUCACCUUUAUGUUGGAUCAUAUGGUCACCUGCCUCAUGGAAAUGCCUUUUUUAAAACGUAGAUUUGCAGAACUCCACUAUUUUUAUACCUAGCUGCAGUUUUGGAAAAAAAGGACUCAGAACCCUGACCGGCCAGUGGUCCCUGGAACAGUUCCCUACCCGCAUGUAUUGCUGCAGUGCCCAGGACAGUAAGAUGGACUACAAGCGGCGCUUCCUGCUUGGCGGGUCCAAGCAGAAGGUGCAGCAGCACCAGCAGUACCCGAUGCCUGAGCUGGGCCGAGCACUGAACGCUCCCCUGGCAUCCACGGCGCCCUCUGCCCCACUGGGCAGUCUGACAGCUGCAGGCAGCUGCCACCAUGCCAUGCCCCACUCCACUCCCAUUGCUGACAUCCAGCAGGGCAUCUCCAAGUACCUGGAUGCCCUCAAUGUCUUUUGCCGUGCUAGUACGUUCCUCACAGAUCUCUUCAGCACCGUGUUCAGGAACUCACACUACUCGAAGGCUGCCAUGCAGCUCAAAGAUGUGCAGGAGCAUGUGAUGGAGGCUGCCAGCCGAUUGACCUCAGCCAUAAAGCCCGAGAUCGCCAAGAUGCUCAUGGAACUCAGUGCUGGGGCUGCAAACUUCACAGAUCAGAAGGAAUUCAGUCUCCAGGACAUUGAGGUGUUGGGGCGAUGCUUUUUGACAGUGUUGCAAGUCCAUUUCCAGUUUUUGACUCACGCCUUGCAGAAAGUCCAGCCCGUGGCUCACUCUUGCUUUGCCGAGGUAGUUGUGCCAGAAAAAAAGAACAGCAGCAGUCUGUCUGGCGUGGGCCACACACCCGAACUGGAGGAAGCUGUGCGAUCCUGGCGGGGGGCUGCUGAGGCAACAUCUAGAUUAAGAGAGAGAGGCUGUGACGGACGCCUGGCAGGAAUCGAAGUCCAACAACUCUUUUGUUCUCAAAGUGCAGCAAUUCCUGAGCACCAGCUCAAAGAGCUGAACAUGAAAAUUGACAGUGCUUUGCAGGCAUAUAAAAUAGCAUUGGAAAGCUUAGGCCACUGUGAAUAUGCAAUGAAAGCUGGCUUCCACCUGAACCCGAAGGCCAUUGAAGCAAGUUUGCAGGGCUGCUGCAGCGAGGCGGAAGCUCAGCAGACGGGGCGAAGGCAGACACCCCCACAGCCCAUGCAGUGUGAGCUUCCCAUCGUCCCUGUGCAGAUAGGACCGCACUUCCUGAAGGGGGUCUCCUUUAAUGAGUCGGCUGCUGACAAUCUGAAGCUUAAGACGCAUACCAUGUUACAGCUCAUCAAGGAAGCAGGCUGCUACAAUGGAAUCACACCUCGGGAUGAUCUUCCUGUGACGGAAGUACUGAACCAGGUGUGCCCGUCCACGUGGCGGGGCGCCUGUAAGACUGCUGUGCAGCUGCUGUUUGGCCAGGCGGGACUGGUGGUUGUCGACACAGCACAGAUUGAAAAUAAAGAAGCCUACGCACCCCAGAUCAGUCUAGAAGGCUCCAGAAUUGUGGUUCAAGUUCCAUCCACAUGGUGCCUGAAGGAAGACCCUGCAACAAUGUCCCUGCUGCAGAGAAGCCUGGAUCCUGAGAAGACCCUGGGUCUGGUGGAUGUGCUGUACACAGCCGUGUUGGACCUAAACCGCUGGAGAGCGGGAAGGGAACAAGCUCUGCCCUGUAUACAGAUCCAGCUACAAAGGGACAUCUGUGAUUUUGGGAACCAGACUGACCUGCCCUCUGGAAAUGGAAGCAAAUCCUCAGGCCUGCAGAAGACCUUCUCCAAACUAACAUCUCGGUUCACCAAGAAGGUGUCAUGCACCAGCUCCAGCAGCACACACUAUUCCAAAACCGUCUUCACAACUGGGUGUUCAGAGGAGAAGGCCAAGAUGCCAGGCAAUAUUGAUACACGGUUACAGAGCAUUUUGAACAUUGGUAACUUCCCUAGGACUCCAGACCCUUCCCAGUCGGCUCAGAAUUCCAGUAAUCCAAUGGCCAAUGGUUUUCUCCUGGAGAGUCAUGAGAACUUCCUGCAUGUUGAUGAUAGCAAGGAUGAGAAGGGCAUGAACUUACCCACUGAUCAGGAAAUGCAGGAAGUGAUAGAUUUUCUCUCAGGCUUUACCAUGGGCCAGUCCCAUCAGGGGUCCCCGCUAGUGACAAGGCGUAAUUCUACUGCCACUGCCAUGGUGACUGAACAGAAGGCAGGAACCAUUCAACCACAGCAGCCGUCACUGCCAAUGGCCGCUCCACUGCGGCCCCCCCAGGCUGGGGCACACACGCCUCUGGCACCCCAGCAAGGCCUGGCACCUCAACAGCAGUCUCCAAAGCAACAACAGCCCCAGGUCCAGUACUACCAACACCUGCUCCAACCCAUUGGAUCACAGCAGACUCCACCCCAGCCUCGGGCACCUGGGAAAUGGGUACAUGGCUCAUCUCAGCAGCCAGCACCGCCCAUGGCAGCGGGUCUGUCUCCUCUUGGUCAGUGGCCUGGCAUAUCUGAUCUCAGCUCUGACUUGUACAGCUUGGGCCUAGUGAGCAGCUAUAUGGACAAUAUGAUGUCAGAAGUUUUGGGACAGAAGCCACAGGGACCUAGGAAUAACACCUGGCCAAACCGUGACCAAAGUGAUGGAGUCUUUGGAAUGCUGGGAGAGAUUUUGCCUUUUGAUCCUGCAGUGGGCUCAGACCCGGAAUUUGCACGCUACGUGGCCGGAGUGAGCCAGGCAAUGCAGCAGAAGCGGCAAGCCCAGCAUGGCCGCCGGCCGGGCAAUCCCCGGGGCAACUGGCCGCCCAUGGACGAUGCCCAUCGGACCUGGCCUUUGCCAGAGUUCUUCACAGAAGGGGACAGCCUGCACAGCGGCUGGUCAGGUGCUCAGGGAGAUUCCGCCAGCUCCAGUGAUGAGACCUCUUCGGCCAAUGGGGAUAGCCUCUUCUCCAUGUUUUCAGGGCCUGACCUUGUGGCUGCUGUCAAACAGAGAAGGAAACACAGCAGCGGGGAGCAGGAGACCAGCACACUGCCCUCACCACCUCUUCUUACCACAGUGGAGGAUGUGAACCAGGAUAACAAAACCAAAACAUGGCCACCCAAAGCACCGUGGCAGCACCCUUCCCCACUGCCCAGCACGCUGCCCAGCCCUGCUGCACCUCUCUAUGGAGUCUCCAGUCCCGGCAGCCAGUGGAACGAUACCAUGCAGAUGCUGCAGUCCCCUGUGUGGGCUGCAACCAGUGACUGCAGUACCACCUCCUUCACCUAUGUGCAGACACCACCCCAGCCCCCACCUCCACCAGCACACAAGGCAGCACCCAAGGGCUUCAAGGCCUUCCCUGGGAAGGCUGAGCGCAGGCCAGCCUAUUUGCCCCAGUACUGACCACAGCUAGCUUGUUGCCCAUCAAAGCUGUUGGGGCAACUGUUCCCAGGGCUGAGUAGCUGAUACUAGCCCCCAAAGGACCAGUGCACCCCUGUCCCAGGCACGGAAAUGUUCCUUGGGUCAGAGGUGAUUGGCAGCUCCUAGUCUUUAAAGCCUGAUUUCUCAAACUUUGAAGGUAGCAGACCCCUGGGAGACAGCUGAAGAUGGAGAUUUCUGACACUCAGGGGGAUGCUGGCAAUCUGCAUGCUUAACAAGCACCUCAGGUAAUCCUGGUGCAGGUGGCCAGAGGCCACACUUGGAAAACACAGUCCGAAGGUUGUCAGUCCUGCAUGUGGGAAAGGCAUGAGGCCUGCAGGCUGAGAACAAAGCUGAUCAUUCUUUGAAACCCUCUUCUUGAACACACUGAGUGGGACCCACACCCGUCACUGAUUUUAUAGAUACUUCUCAUGUAGGUUUUCAGUUAAAAAUGUCUCCUGCCUAAAACACAGUGGCUAUCUUAAGACCCCAGGUACACUGGCUGGAGGCUAGCUCAGCGCUGGCUUCAUUUAAGCUUAUACAAGACACUGGUGAUCAGAAGCGGCCACCUGGCUUCCCCUGGGUUGGUAGUUCCUCUGCUCAGAAGCGCCCAGGGGUGUAGGCUCACGUAAUUUACAAGAGCAGGAUUGGGGGGCCGCUCUCAGAGGCUGCUCCUGGCCACGCCAUGGAACCAUUUGGCCCACGUCGAGAGCAGAGUAAAGCUGCAUCUGCUGCCCUCAGCUCCUUCACCAUGACCAAGGCAGCACCCACACUCCCUGAAGGAAGGAACUGUGGGGAGGGGUUGCACCAAGACCCCCACACUCAGAACCACAGUGACAUCUGCAAGCUGGCUCAAAAGACAAAGGAAUUAUGAUGUAGACAGGAAUUCAAAGUCUCUGUUUAGUCAGCAACAACAAAAAACCACCUCACUUUUAGUUAACGUGUGCCAUUAAACAGAUUUGGGGAUAUUUUCCAGCCAGAAUGGAUCCAGAAGAAUUGAAUGGUGCUUCAAUUGAGAAAUAAUAAUAAAUAUAUCUAUAUAGAGUAGACAUUUCCCACUAUAUAUUAAUUGAGGUUGCAGAAAGUUCUUUAUAUAAAACUUAUUUAAAAUUUUCAUAUUUCAUCUUUGAAAAUGUCUAAUUGAGAAAAAUCCAUGAUAUUUUCUGGUAUGAAAGUUUGACAGUAUUAAUUUUUUUUAUAUUUUCUUAAAUCAUUAAACCAUUUUAAUAUAUGUUAACUACUAAUAAAUGGUUUAUUCUUUCUAACUCCAUGUAAGCUUUUCCAACAAAGAUUGUAAUAACACAUUUAUGUUCUCAUUUUUCUACAGAUAAAUUUAUAUUUAAAAAUACCAAAAAGAAUCUAUGUAUACACACACCAUCCACACGCACACACAGUUCACACACAAGAAUACUAUUGAGGACCUGUCUGCCGGGUCAGGUCUGAGCCCUGUGUUUUCAGUACUGUGUCUCCAAGCUGCUGGAGGCCCUGGCUGUUGUCAUUUGUGCUGUGUGGGGGUGCCACUUCUGCCUGUACUGACGAUCCUUCACCUCACCAUGUUUACAGAGAACUAUUUUGUACAUAGAGUUCCCCAGGCACGUACUUUACACCAGCCCUGUGUGGCUGCUGUCUGUGUUAGCUGUCACAGUGUGCACACUAAUCUGUUCAGAGUUCCUUGUGGCUGUUUUACUUGUAAAAACUUUGUAUUUCCUUCAGUAAUGUGUCCACAGUGCCCUGUGUUUCGAGUUCUAUUCCCCUGCAGUACUCAUUUUCAUAGUGCCUCCCUGAAGACCUCACCCUGGGCCAAGGUCCCUCCUUGGUGCCCCAGCACAGGUGACACUAACUGUCACCUCUGGUCUGUUUUUCUCUAUUAAGGAAGACAUUUGUCUCCAUGGCUGUGAGACCGUGUGAAGCAGUUUGUGUAGUCUCCACAUAGGUGCUGUUGCCAGCACCGCCUUGCCCUGAACAAUGGUAAUCCCAGGUGCUGCGCUUGGCAGAGGCGUCUCGCCAAAGCGCAUGUAUGUGCGCGUGAGUGUGUCCUCAGCACGGCCAACGCAUGGCUGCCUUGCUCGGCAUCAGCAGGACAUCAUGUGAAUAGUUGUGACCUUCCAAACUGGAACUCGACAUUUUGUAUCUUACUUUUAAAGCUCCUAUAAGUAAAUAACUAUUGGCUUUAUUAAAAUAUACAUUUAAUAAUA